AUGUCCACUCUCCCGCACACGGAUGAGAAUGCGGUGUCCUCAAAUUUUGCGUAUUCUAAUGAUGCUCCAAUGGGUGUGAAAACCUCGGCUACGCAGAGAACCGCCUUAGGAGAUGUCACAGCGCGUGCAAACAUGCCGUCGGCCGUCUCUAAGGCUGCACAAAACUCCAAAAACCGAACAGGACUUUAUUCUCGCCCACUAAACACCCGGGAUACACCAGAACUUAUAGUCAUCCCAGAUGAAGAGGCACAAAAACAGCCAGAUUGGGAGCCUGAAGAUGUUAGUGGGUUAAUGGAGACCGAAAAUGGUGCUGGUGUUCUUGACGAUAACGAGUCAUCAUCGUCAGUGUCGUCAGACAACGAACCUUUGCUACUAGUCACUACCAACGUUGCGGCGUACUUAGUUGAGCGAGCGCGCUUACAGCUCCACAAAGACAAGCCAGAUCCGCUCGACGAGGAUACAUACGAUCUGGUUAUGGUUGUGGAGUACACGAAUGAAAUUUUCUCUUAUCUCCACGAAUUAGAAAACAAAUGGCGUCCUCAUCCUCGGUAUAUGCUUUUUCAGCCGGAACUGAAAUGGUCUUAUCGAUCUACUUUGAUCGACUGGAUAGUACAGGUUCAUGCUAGGUUUCAGCUUCUUCCUGAGACACUAUUUCUGACUGUCAACAUCAUCGAUAGGUUUUUGUCACGUAAAACCGUCACUUUAAACAGAUUUCAACUUGUAGGUGCAGCUGCACUCUUUCUGGCUGCCAAGUUUGAAGAAAUCAACUGUCCGACUAUCAAAGAAAUCCUAUACAUGCUGGAUAAUGCUUACUCCAAAGAUGAGCUUUUGAAAGCCGAACGAUAUAUGCUGAACACUUUGGAAUUUGAACUGGGUUGGCCCGGUCCCAUGUCGUUUUUACGGCGUGUAAGCAAAGCAGAUGACUACGAAUACGACAUACGAACGUUGGCCAAGUAUCUACUGGAAACGACCAUAAUGGACUCGCGCUUGAUAUCUGCACAACCAAGUUGGCUGGCCGCAGGUGCUUAUUACCUAAGCCGAGUUAUACUCGGCUUCAAUGACUGGACUCAGCACCAUAUUUUCUACUCCAAUUACACCACAGAACAGCUUUUACCGCUGGCCACGGUAAUGUUAGAGAACUGUAGGCACGCAAGUCAGAGGCAUCACGCGAUAUUCGAAAAGUACGGUGAACGCCGUCAUCGUCGGUCUUCUUAUAUUGUGGCCCGGUGGAUCGCCAUGGCCGAGGAACGCGCUACUUGA